AAUUUUUUUCUUCAAAAAUUCAGUCCAAUAUAUAAUUAAUCAAAAUGUUUUGAUUUUGAAUAAGUAAUUUUUCAGAAAGGAAAAAUAAAAGUCCAAACGGCUCCUAAGCCAACUCAACCUUAAACCCUGAAGGGCUUCUUGAAACUUAACGUACGCUUGCUCUUCUUGUCAUCACCAUCACCGUUGAAGCUGUAGGUGAAGAGAUCAAUAAUGCGGUUGAAAGCGAUUUCUCGGUCUACGGAUGAAUUUACUCGUGAACGUAGUCAGGACCUCCAGAGAGUUUUUCGGAACUUCGAUCCCAACCUUCGACCUCAAGAGAAGGCAGUGGAAUACGUUCGUGCCGUGAAUGCAGCAAAACUAGAGAAGAUAUUUGCAAGGCCAUUCGUCGGAGAUAUGGAUGGGCACAUUGAUGCUGUCUCUUGCAUGGCAAAGAAUCCUAAUCACUUGAAAGGAAUAUUUUCUGGCUCCAUGGAUGGUGAUGUUCGCCUAUGGGAUUUGGCUACCAGGCGGACAGUAUGUCAGUUUCCUGGUCACCAAGGUGCAGUACGUGGUUUGACCGUGUCCACAGAUGGCGGUAUUCUUGUAUCAUGUGGAACUGAUUGCACUGUUAGGCUCUGGAAAGUUCCUGUUGCUACUCUAAUGGAGUCAGAUGAUGGAUCUGAUAACUCAUCCCAGCCAUUGGCUGUUCAUGUUCGGAAGAAUGCAUUCUGGGGUGUUGACCACCAAUGGGAUGGUGAUCUUUUUGCCACAGCUGGUGCUCAAGUUGACAUUUGGAACCAUAACAGGUCUCAGCCGGUUAAUAGUUUUGAAUGGGGGAAAGACACAGUUACAUCUGUUCGGUUUAAUCCAGGGGAGCCUAAUCUUUUGGUAACAUCAGCAAGUGAUCGUAGCAUAAGCAUCUAUGAUUUACGGCUUUCUACACCAGCUAGAAAGGUUAUUAUGCAGACAAAAACUAAUUCUAUAGCAUGGAAUCCCAUGGAGCCAAUGAAUUUUACUGCCGCUAAUGAUGAUCGCAAUUGCUACAGUUAUGAUGUUAGAAAGUUAAAUGAAGCCAAAUGUGUGCAUAAAGGUCAUGUCUCUUCAGUGAUGGAUAUAGAUUAUUCACCAACCGGUCGAGAAUUUGUUACUGGAUCUUAUGAUAGAUCAGUGAGAAUUUUCCAAUAUAAUGGUGGUCACAGCAGGGAAACGUAUCACACUAAGAGGAUGCAGAGGGUAUUCUGUGUGAAGUUCAGUUGCGAUGCAAGUUAUAUUGUCUCAGGAAGUGACGAUACCAACCUUCGUUUAUGGAAAGCAAAAGCAUCUGAACAAUUGGGAGUUAUUUUGCCAAGAGAGCGGAAAAGACAUGAAUAUUUGGAGGCUGUCAAGAAUCGCUACAAGCAUCUUCCUGAAGUCAAGCGCAUCGUCAGACACAGGCACUUGCCAAAACCAAUCUAUAAGGCAACUAAACAAAUACGUGAGAUGACUGAAUCUGAGAGGCGGAGAGAGGAGAAGAGGAAAGCUCACAGUGCACCAGGAAGCAUUCAAAAUAAGUCAUUGCGAACGCUAAGAAUUGUCAAAGUUGAGAUGUAGUGGCGGUUACUUCCGUUAAAACUUUUUUUUUUUUUUUGGUUAACUAGACAUUACUUCCGUUAAAACUUUGUUGCUGGUUACUCUAAUCUUUCUUCAUCUUACGACUUAAUUGAAUAGAUUUUCAAUGUGGUGUCUCUUAGGGAUAUUUACUAACUCUAUGAUCUUCAAUACUGUAAUAUUCCUUUGUUUGAGUUCUGUUUGACUAAAUCUAUUCUGUUAAUAUGAAUGAUCAAUUAUAUAUUU